AUGAAGUUCUUCACCAGCUCCACUGUCCUUUCGUUCGUGUUCUUUUUCUCCUAUGGGCUUGCUGUGCCCGUCGCAGAUGCGGAACCUCAGCCUGUUCCAAAUCCAGGUCCAGGGCCUGUCCCGGCGUCCGAACCUGGGAACAAUUUGAUGUCUCGAGAUCCAGCGAACAUCCUCUCGAGCCUUGUUCCUGCUCUUAAUGCCCCAAGCAAUUGCCCUACUCAAACCAACCAGUGUUCCAGCGGUACUCCAUUUUGCUGCAGUACCGAUUCUGGAUCACAUAACUGCGUCAAAUCUACGGUCAAUUGCCAACAAAAGGUCAUCUGUUGUAACAAUAACUUCGGGUUUCAAAUGUGUAUCGGUGAUAUUGACUUUAAUAUGCCGAUUACCAUCAACAUCAACCUGAACAAGGGGCGAGGCCUCCCGGAGUCACCGUCCGAGUGA